AUGCAAACUUUUAGGAAAGCCAUUUUGAGCCACAUUAGGAUUGGAGUCCCAGUGAAAGGGCAUUUGCGUAAAUUUGGCGCAACCGCCGGUAUCCACCAGGAACGAGUGAUGAGUCGAGUCAUUGAGUUGGUGAAGAAAUUUGACAAGAUUGAUGCUGCUAAGAAGGACUUGAACCUCGACAGCCUGGAUAGAGUGGAACUGAUGAUGGCUUUCGAGGAAGAAUUUUCUGUCGAGAUACCUGAUGCCGAAGCAGAUAAGCUCAAAUGUUGUGCUGAUGUUGCUAAAUAUGUUAUUUCGAGUUCGACUGGUGGAGUUUCUGAAUCUUCUUCUUGA